CUGCGCUGAGCAGCAACAAAACCAACAGCACAAACAACACAAUGCAUAACCAGAGCACCCCAUCGCUGGAAGACGAGGAGCGCCCUCUGGCCGUCCACCACCCCUCCUCUCCGCUGCGCCCCCUGUCCCCGUCCGGCCGGUGGGUGCUGCGGGCUCCUCCGGGCUCCUUCUCGGCCGAGGCGGCUCUCCGGCGGUCGGCCAGCGCCUCAGCGCUACUGAGCGACCUGGAGGAGCGUCUGUCGGCGGCGGCGCGCCGGCCCGGCCCUGAGGAGGCCGACCUGACCGAGCUGACGACGGCCGCCGGCGGCGACCCGGCCGUCCAGCAGGAGGUGGGCAGGAUCGGCCUGCAGCGGCUCCACACCGUCCAGGCCGUCGGCAACCAGACCUCGCUGUCACUGACAUCACCAGAUAGCAAUCAGAAGCUGGAAGAGAUCCUCGUGCCGGGCUGUAUCCCUGCUGUCGUCAAGACGUGUGAUCGGAACAACACCGAACGCACCCUCACCGGGGAGUGCAAUCAUGUAGAGGUAUGA